CCGUGAGCGGGCAAGAUGAAUCAAAUCCUGUAAAUCAUUGCGAAAUAAGUAGCUAAAAGUUUUUGGUUAGGAGAGGGUAACGACUUUGUCAUUUUCACUGUCAGUUCGCGUGAUACUUCGCACGUACGUAGUUUGAUACGUGACUGUCUGGACGCAUCUUUCGUCACGAAACCAAAGCAUUUUUUUUCUUUUAUGAGUAACAUAGAAAACCUGUAAACUAUUGAGAAAUGAGAAGUAAGCAGCUAAGGGUUUCUUUGGAAGGAAGAGGGUAACGACUUAGGUAAGGUACGUUCUCCAGCUCCACUGUCUUUAAAAUAUGUAACAACUCGCGUGAUGUUUCGAUCGCACGUGUGUGGCUGCAUGCGUGACGGUAUGGACGCCUCUUACGUCAUGAAACUGUCACAGCAUGUAAAAGCCGUUGCAGUGUGCGUCAUUACAGUCCAGGAAAAUAAAACCAUUCAUGCUGUUACUCGACAUUUUUGAUAUCGUCACUCGCUGAGCACAUCUGGUUGGAACAAAGACCUUUCAACAGAAAUCAAGCGUCAACAUGGCAUCAAAUCUCCUCUUUUGGUUUGUACUAAUUAGCACAUGGCUCGUAUUUACAAGUUCUUGGAGUUUAUGCCCGAGGAUUUUUUUCCAAAACAUCAACGAAAAAACUACGCCGUACAAAAUGAUCGAAGGGGUCUAUACAAGAACGAAGGACUUCUACAAUAACUUUCCUGUGUAUCAAAGAGAGAACGUUCAUAACCUGGGACUCUAUUACUAUCCGGACAAGAAUGGUGACAAACUUUUAACUUUUGGAAACGAUCGCGGUGAUGGUUUCUUUCACCAUUAUGGCCUGGCUGCUAGACUUAACAGGGAUCCCACGUCAUGGCUGCUUUCUUCCUUAGACAAGAAUAAUGUAUUUGGUGGACUUGUCGAGGAAUGGAUAUACUACAACCUUCGCAAUAAAACAAAUUACGUUGUGCCUGUAGAUGCUUCCUCUCCUGUGAUCAAAGCUGUGUGUGUGGACAAGGACUUCAGAGAAUGUAACUCGGACAGAGUCUACUUGAACCAGCGCCUCCACGAUACAAGUGGGACCAUUUGGAAUGAUCCCACAACAGACUAUUUCUAUCGCAUGGAGGGCUCGUUUCGCGAUCUUCGUCCUAUCUAUAAGCACAGCGCUAUACCGUCGUUUUACCUGCUGUAUGUGGACGGCUACUGGGUAGUGACUAGCUCGUAUAGACGGGCAAACUCUGAAAACGCCAUGCUGAGAGUUAAAGAUUUCGCACUGAGGCCUGAAUACAUCACGAAGACUUGGUGGCAAUGGUCGCAUGGAUGGCGUGACAUGCGUAGUCUCAGAGUUUUGUGUCGGGGCGUGACUUCGAUGGCUAACAUCUGUCCGUCAAAGCCAUGUGGUAGCAAUAGCACUUGCGUUUACACUUCCGGUAACGAAACGCUCUGUCUCUGCCGUUCCGGAUACACAGGAGUUAAAUGCUCGGUCAACAAACAGUGCCCAGCUCGAUAUCAAAAACCUGAUACGGAGCUCAACUUUGAAAACCUGGGAAAUCGCCCCGGGGAUCUUGGCAUGACUUUCUGCAGUGAGUCGUAUCCAUCUUUGAGGUAUUACCUCUGUGUGGAUGGCAUUUACACUUCACACUGGAGAGGACAAGGAUCAUCGAUCUGUACAAGAAAGGAACCGAGUAUCACUGUUACCGCACCUUCACAACUUGUGUUUUUAUUUCUGCAAACUACAGGCACGCCCCAGGCUAUGCCUAACUUCAAGGACUACCUUUUUGUAUUCCCACUCGCCAUCGUUCUGCAAGUUUUUCUCCCGGUCGCUUUCAUAAUCUUUGCUGUCUGCAAGAGGAGGAGCCAGGAAAUCAGAGAUUACCGCGCGAGGGUGGAACAUCACCGUCAGGUUGGCCAUGAGCUGGGCAGACUGCCGAGAGUUACUGCAACAGGCGGUCAAGGGGGGCCCAACCAAGGCGAUCAACAGUCACAGCAGGCCGGUCAGGAAUACCUCGGCCUCCACAGAUCCAAAGAUGUCAAUGUAAGCCGGAUUAUUUCCAUGGACAUGUACUUCUCAUUCUACCUAUGGCUUGUCUUCCUCAUCGGUUGCGAUGCGUCGCACUGCACCAUGUACGGUGAGGUCUUCAACAUGUUGAGAAUCAUGGCUAUUGUGAUGCUUUGUGUCUCUCCUGCGUUCGUCCUGCUAGAGAGUUUCUUCUGCCAUGAACUGGACUACCUCAAAAACAUCAUAGAAGACGAAUCCGCUUCAGAGUACAUAGAAAGAAUGCGCGAAGUGCCACCGAAAAUUGACAUUGUCGUCGAGUGCUUUCAUUUCGAAACAGACACGCGAAUUGUGCACUACAGAGACGCCAGUGGAAACAGACAUUCCCGCACGGAGCCCUUGUACCUCGACAGGAAAAUAGUGACCUUUGUGGACCAUGAAGAGUUCUCUUUUGGUUCAUGGAUUGACGUUUCCAGGAGGGAAAUAUCUGCACUGACAGACGCAACUCUAACCCGGUUCGAGAUCGACUCGAGUAUUCAAUUCGGCGACCAGGAAACCGCGAACGCUUACAACUGGCAAGUAGCAGAAAUGGUGCGGCGAAAUCUUCAUCGAGACGUCUUAAUAGACCAUGUACAGCACUCGACGAAAGAAAUUCCAGGGUUAAAGAAGCGCGUCUCCGCGUUCAAAGACUUGACGGUGAAGCCGUUCUGGAUGCGCCCGCUGUUCUUCUGGAUUGCCACCCUGUUGGGCAUGACUUGGCCCUACCGUUGGCUAUUCAGGGCCAAGACAGCCAAGAAACUGUUCGUCUUAAAGAAAAUGGUGUACAAAAGCACAACGCCAUCAAGGGACGUGGAUCUCCACGCAGCUGGUGAAACAUCGUCUGUCGUGAAUUCCAGAGGUACAGACAACACUUGCACAGAUUACACAAUGUCGGUGAUAAAAAAUAUUUUUGGCGCUGCUAACUCACUUCACAACCAAAAUGCCGCAGCCUUGUCAGGCUUGUCUCUUCCUUUUCCAGCGGAACUACACCCGAAUGUGCCUCUGUCAUCGAUUUUUGCGAUGAUGAAUAACCCAUCCCCGGGCAGCAGUGCGCCAUAUUCACCUUUCAGUACUUAUGCCGGGCCUGUGUUUCCUCCUUAUACUGCAGCAUACGUGCCAAGGGUACCCCCGCCAUCGUACGAGGCAUCUCAGGGUAGCCUUGAUCCGGAGCCAAGCAAAGAACAAUGAAAACAGAAGACGAAAAUUUGAGACUCGGUCUUCGCGCAGUAAAGCGUUUCUGAUGACCCUAGUAACAGCUGCAAAGGAUACUUAUAAGGGAUAGGUUAAAAUUUAAAACUGUAGAGGAUAACUACAUUCAGCAAGCAAUAGAACAUCACUCGUAAGGGGUAGACCAUUUUGAGAAAUAGGUAUCCGGCUAACAUACUUGUAUCAAAAAAAAAAAUUCAUGCAUGCAACCACUAGCACUGCCGCGAAAAAAGAUUUCACGCACUUUCAGUGAGCCGAAAAAUGCAUGAUAUACGGAGGGGGAAAAAAAUUAUAUACAUACCCACAUCCCGAGUUAAAAAAUUCCUAGUCCAUGAAA